UUUAAAUGCACAGGGACCCUGCAGAAAGAGGCAACAGCUUUCUGAACAUCUACUUUUUACUAUCCGUUAUCUGCUUGACAACUCUUUAACUUUUCACCAUGGUUGAUGCAUUUUGCGGCACCUGGAAAUUGGUAGACAGCCAAAAUUUUGAUGAAUACAUGAAAGCUCUCGGAGUCGGUUUUGCAACAAGGCAAGUCGGCAAUGUCACGAAACCGACAGUGAUCAUCGGUCAGGAUGGAGACAAGGUGUUUGUGAAAACACAGAGUACGUUCAAGAACACUGAAAUAUCCUUCAAACUGGGGGAGGAGUUUGACGAAACUACUGCUGAUGACAGAAACUGCAAAUCUGUCGUGAGCAUGGAAGGAGACCAUUUGGUGCACGUGCAGAAGUGGGACGGCAAAGAGACAAAGUUCGUCCGAGAGUUGCAGGACGGUAAACUCGUCAUGAAACUUACAUUCGAAGACAUCGUGUCUGUGCGCACCUACGAGAAGGCAUAAUUCGGAGCCCACCCCUGUGCCACCCAAUCUUUUCAGUCCUGUUUACUGGACUACGACGUUUUUUUUUUCUACUGUACGCAUAUAUUUGCACUUCAUUCGCCCAAACGUUUUAUGGCAUCAGAUGAUUUUGUAAAACUUUUAUACAAAUUACUUAAUUCUUUUCAUGCUGAAUCAUAAUGUGAAUAAAUGUGCAAAAGAAACUGAAAUAAAUUACCUGAAUUAAUUGA